AUGUUGGUCAAUCUCCGCCUGCAGCCUCUGGUGACUGGGGAAGUGGAGGUUGGGGCAAGGAUCGUGACCGUCGCCGCCACACAGGAGAGCGGGCCGCUCCUGCUGCUCAUACUUGUAACGGGCCCGUUCGCUGUGCAGAAGCCCGAGUUGGUGGAGCAGGUGGAGGCGGCGCAUCCUACCUGCAACUCCUUGUUGGUGGUCGACAACAGGGACGAGCGGCUGAUCAGCCCGUUCCAGAACCGGCUCGUGGACGAGAUCAUGGCCAAUGCCGCGAGCUCCAUCAACGUGCUCACGGAGCGAGAUCAAGUGAUGCCGCCGAAUUCGAGCUAUCACUGCUCCUUGUUCGCGAACUACACGCUCGACGGCAUCAAGGCGGCUUUGGUGUUCACCAUGUCUUGCAGGACCGGUGGGCCUCAGUGGGACUCCUAUGCCAGCUCGGCUCUUCCCCACUCGGCUUUUCAGCCGUUCAGUUGGCCCGUGAUGUUCGAUACCUCUGCCACUUACCUGGAUGUGAAGGUCUCCGUGAUGUCUUUCGAGGUCGCCAAUCUGUGGUGGCCACUCCGAGUCACCUCUCGAUCGUCCGAGGAGGGCUACGGAAAUACGCGGAUCGAGUCGAGCGUCGAUCAACUCCAUCCAGGCUUGCCGCAGCAGCACGCUCGCGUCGAAGGGCCCGACCACGUGCUGCAGUUCGCUCAGCUCUCGGCGGAGGCGGCCAGGCACGCAGUUCGUGAGCAGGGGGCAUCGGAUUCUUCGACGAUUACCAAUGUUCCCGCUUCUGCUCAGCAGAUCGAUGUGAUCCCGGAAAAAGAGCUCACCGAACAGGAUGAUGCGGCCGAGGUUCUCGCCAAGGCCGCCGGCGAUCGCCAGCUCGCGCCGGCUCCUCUCGCUCAGCGGCCUAGGGCGAUCAUUUUCGGCGAGGCUCGCAUGUGGGGCAUCCGGCUCAAGGCCAUCGUGGGCGCCGGUGUGGCAGGUGUGCUGCGAUCGCGGGCGACCCCAAAGACGGAUGACCUCUCCAAGGACAAAAUGAAUGCCCUUCGUGCGAUCGUGUACGAGAGUGGCGGAUUCGGCCCCACAUGCAUGGCGUCAUCGAACCGCAAGGAUGAGUCUCUUUUCCUCGAUCGCCGUAGACUCGUAGACCUUCUUCUGCAGGACGACGAUGCGAGCGUCCCCGAGAUCCGGUCCAUCCAUCCCUAUCCUCUGGCAGAUCCACUUCACUGCACCUUGGACCGAAGGUAUCACUGUCGGCCCAUACCCCCGAUCGGAAAGUGCCAAGAUGUACUUGAUGAAGACCUCCGCGGUCAACGUGACCUGGAUGCAUUCCGACAAGCCUUUAUGCCAGUGACGGAGACGCUCGAGAUGAAGGUUGAGCGGCAGAAGAAAGGCACCGUGCUCUGGCUUCGUUACUUGCUCUCGACGGCCGCCCCCCCUCCUCCGCACAAUCCGUUCAAACGGCUGCAGGCAGGGAAGAAGAAGAAGAAGAGGCUCCUCAAUACCGCGAACCAGGAUGACAAGAAGAAGAUCGCCAAGGAAGAUCCGGCCAAGAAGCUCAAGCGCGACAACCGCAUCCCCGGGAAGGAAUGGAAGCUGGUCGCGGGCGCGGCUAAGAAGGCGUCGGCGGUCUACAACUACACCCGCCGAUCGGCCGCGAUCACUGGGCUUUCCUUCGCAGUUCUCAUCGGGGGUGUCGUCACAGAUCAUGCAGCGGUGGUUCCCGAAAAAGGUCUGCCGGCGGUGCAGGAAAGGAUGCAGGUCUCGGGCGUUGGUUGCCGCUGUGUUGUGGCAGUAGCUUAUCGUGACGGUGACCCGUGUUCCCUCAAAGACUCCAUCUCUCAAGCUGUCUGGCUGGCCAAUGGCUGGCUGUCCCUUAGCAAAUGA